AUGUCUGACUACAGCAGCGACAGCGAGAGCAGAGAGAAUGAGUCCAUUUCCAACCCCGAUGUCGUGACCAAGUACAAAGCCGCGGCCAAGAUCGUCAACGACACACUGGCUGCCGUGAUCGAUGCCGCCAAGCCCGGCGCCAAGAUCGUGGACCUGUGCACCCUUGGCGACAAGCUGAUCACUGAGGCUGCCGCCAAGGAGUUCAAGGGCAAGGACAUCGAGAAGGGCAUUGCCGUGCCCACCUGCGUCUCCGUGAACAACUGCAUCGGGCACUUCUCCCCCCCCGCCGACAACACGGCCACCCUCAAGGAGGGCGACGUGGUGAAGAUCGACCUGGGGGCGCACAUCGACGGCUUCAUCGCCCAGGCCGCGCACUCGCUGGUGGCGGUGGAUGGCCCUGCCAAGGGCCGCGCCGCCGACGUGGUGGCCGCCGCACACGCCGCCUACGAGGCCGCCAGCCGACUGGUGCGUGCCGGUCGGCGCGCCAAGGAGGUGGGCCCCGUGCUGAGCAAGAUCGCCGAGGCCUAUGGCUGCACCCUGGUGGAGGGCGUGCUGUCCCAUGAGAUGAAGCGCUUCAUCAUCGACGCCAGCAAGGCGGCCGACGACUUUGAGAUUGAGGAGGGCGAGGUGUACGCGAUUGACAUCGUGAUGUCCACCGGCGAGGGCAAGUCCAAGGUGGUGGAUGAGAAGGAGACCACCGUCUUCAAGCGCGCUCUGGACGUCCAGUACCAGCUCAAGAUCAAGGCGUCCCGCGAGGUCCUGUCGGAGAUCAACAAGAAGUUCCCCACCAUGAUGUAUGGACUGUUGGAGUGCAUCAACCACAACCUCCUGCAGCCCUUCCCCGUGCUGUACGAGAAGCCCGACGCCCUGGUGGCCCACUUCAAGGGCACGGUGCUGUUGGUGCCCUCGGGCGUCGACCGCAUCACCAACAGCACCCUGCAAGCCCUGGAGAGCGACAAGAGCAUCGAGGACGCAGAAGUGAAGGCGCUACUGGCGACCUCUCUCAAGACCAAGAAGAAGAAGAAGAGCAAGGGCGAGGCACCCAAGGCUGUGGAGGCUUGA